ACAAGUGUUUUAAUAUGGAAGAUAUUGAGAUUAAACAAGAACCUGAAGAUUAUGUUGAAUAUGGAACACCUGAUGUAGCAUCUAUUGCUGAUCUCUCAUCUUCACUUGCAGAUGAAUCUACUUCCAAUUCGGCUACGAACAUUAAAGAAGAAGUCUUAGAAACUUUGUCCCCUCCAAAUUUUGAUAAUAUAAAAGAAUUUUGCUUUGAAUCGGACCAUUUAGCUUUGAAAAGUAACAGUGAUUAUAAAAAUCUGCUUGAAGCUAUUGUUAUUCUCGAAGCACAGCGAGCUCAAGCCAUUAAAGAUAUGGACUGUCUUUUAGAAUGUCAAGAAACGGCACUGUCUGAUCCAAUUGCUUUUGCGGAAAAGCUUCAGAGGAAGGAAAACUUGAACAUCCCAGUUCCUCAAAAACUUCACCAGUUGCCUGUCAUUGACUGGAGUAAAUAUGCUCUAAGUGGAAAUGCAUCUGCAUUUGGAAGAAGACAAUUAACUCGUCUGUCCACAAAGACUAGCCAAGAUUUUUCUAAGUUUAAUAAUAAAGGAAAAACUGCACGCAAUAAUGAGACCAAGUCAUCAAAACUUAAUCAAUAUUGGACAGCUGAAGAACAGAAACGUUUGGAAGAACUGUUGGUACAAUUUCCUCCUGAAGAAGUUGAAACGCGUCGUUGGGAAAAAAUUGCAAAUUGUCUUGAAAAUCGCACUCCCAUUCAAGUUGCCAGUAGAGUUCAGAAAUACUUUAUAAAAUUAAUGAAAGCUGGAAUUCCUAUACCCGGAAGAAUGCCUAGCAUAGCAUAUCUUCGAAAGCCUCGUCGUAAUAUUAUUCGCCAACAACCAAGCACAUUUUUGGUAUCACAUACUCCACCUGUUUAUAUGCCAGAUGUAGAUGAGGACUAUAAUUAUAACUAUUCUCAGCCUCAAAGUGCAGAUGAAAAUUCCAUGGAAUCGAAAGUCGAACAGCUCUCCGAUGAUGAUGAGAUUGGCUUCGAACAUCGUAAUACUGCAGAAUUUCAGGAGUUAAUGAUGUUGAAGAAAGUUUUAAAGGAAAAGUUGAAAUCAUGUGGCUUAGCUCAACAUGUGGGUUACAAGUGUUGUCGCUGCAAAAGUGAACCAAUAAUUGGAAUAAGAUGGCAUUGUACAGAAUGCAAGCCUCCACAAACUAUUGACUUUUGUGAUGAUUGUGUUGAAUGUAUGCAUGAAGUUGGACAACAUACGGCAGAUCAUCGUUUGGAAGCCAUUCAUAAUGCUAGCACUGGCUUUCUUGAUCGAGAUUAUAUGCAUUUCCUUGGAAGUGACUACAACUAUCUGGACCCAAAUUACAUGCCAGCGACUUAAAAAGAAACAACUAUGUACAAAAUCAAGACAAAUUUCAAUUUUUUAAAACUCAUUUAUUUAUA